AUGUCUUCCCCGGCACCACCUACCACCGCCUCCGCCUCCUCCACCCCCACCUCCACCUCCACCGCCGCCAUCAACGAGGCCAUUGCCCUCCGCCGCGACCAGAUGGGUCAAAUGGCUCGUUUUUGGGAGCAGAAAGACGAGAUCAAGGCCUCCCUCGGCGAGGCAAGGAGCAAGCUGAAGCAGCUCCAGCACGAGUUGCCUCCAGAAGUGGAGAUCUUCCGGCUUCUGGCUGGAAAAGCCGUGGCCGAGGACCGCAUGGAGGAUCUCUGGUCGCGAUAUCAACAGCAGAACACUCCCGGCAACUACGACUUUGCCGCUGCCGAACGCAUUUUGCAGCAGCUUGAUCUGCUGAGGAAGUACGAGAGUGAGGUGGGCUUCUGGAAGCGAGAUAGGGAUGCCAUCAACCGCCUCCUUCGCCGGGCCGAGAAAAUGACCUACCGUAUCACUCUCUACAUCAAGAAGAAGGAGAAGGCGGACAGCCUGGGCCGGCCCUUCAACUUCACCUGCAAGGAGUAAGUUCCGAAUCCAAUCGUUCGGUCGAGAUGUUCC